UGAAAAGGCCACCCAACCCCCGGAGCUGAGUCCCCGAAAUCUGCUCUGUCGGCUGCUGCAGUUGCUACCAUUCUCAGGACCCUCACCAUGAAAGGCCUUCUGCUGGUCGCCUUGUCUUCUUUGCUCUGCUGGGUCUCAGCUGACAUUCGCUGUCACUCCUGCUACAAGGUCCCUGUGCUGGGCUGUGUGGACCGGACGUCCUGCCGUCUGGAACCAGGACAGAAAUGCCUGACAACAAAUGUGUACCUCGGCAAGAUGUGGGUUUUCUCCAACCUUCGCUGUGGCACACUUGCGGAGCCCUGUCAGGAGGCCUUGAACCAAAGCAACAACAAGCUGGGCCUGAUCUAUAACACCACCUGCUGCGAGAAGGACAACUGCAACAGCCCUGCCCCUCGGCCCGCCCCGGCCCUGGGCCUGGUCCUCACCUCCGUGGCGGGCGCCGGCCUCUCGCUGCUGCACUGACACUCACCCCUGCCCUGCCUCAGCCGGAGCCUCUCCCUGUGCCUCCGGACCCCUGGCUGCCCACAGCGGCCUCCCCUAGCUCCCUUUGCUCGGGAAACAUUUCUCAGACCUUCACAUUUCUUUGAUUGGACAGCAGUCGCCCUAUCGGUCAUUCUACCCACACCCUCCUCUCGGCUCUGCCGAGUCCCUUCCCGCUUCCCUCCAGCUCUCCCACGGCCCCAGAAGGGCUCCCCUUUGGGCCCUGCUUAGGGAGGACUUGGGGUCCGGGCCUGUCCCCCGUGAUGGCUCGAGAGAAGACCUGAGGACCUUGCCCUGCUCACCUCUUCCCAUUUUGAGUAAUAAACGCUUGUGUCUG